GUAGAAUGAUAUACUCAUUAUCUUUCACACCUUUCGAUUUGUCUUCGCUUCUUCCCCAAUCAACCAAUAUGAAAUUGGAGGACUCAAAACAGUGCGACAUGGCGAUAGGAAUGAAAGCAGAAUAGAAGGGUUUAUUUCUUGUUAUGGUAUUUUGUACAGGUAUAUCACAACCACUACAAUCGUUCAAAAUGUUUGUUUUCCUCUAUGACAAGUCUCCCCCAAUCAUAGCAAUACUGAAAACAGGCACUGCUUUCGUAAUGCAAGGCUGGUCAAUAGGCAUAGUAAGGAAAACGGGGUGUCAAUGAAAAGGAUCAGUAUUAAAACUUGUUUUAAGAAAUAAAAAGAUGCGAAAAGGAAAAUAGAAACAUAAAAGUUUGAUGAGAGAAC